UGACACCUAACCUACAGCCUUUACUUUCACAGGUAGAAGAAAGGUGUUAAUACAAAAGUUGUACAGUUUUGGCUGAAUCUUUAGAAACCAUGGUCAGAAACAAAAUUUGAAUGUCAGAAAUGUGAAAUUUUGCAUGCUUACAGCUUUUUACAAAUGGGAUGUCCUAUAUUUCAUUCUAUAUUAUUGAAGAGCACAAUGCCCCGAUUCCAAAAAUAUGUAUAUAAUUUGUCUAUAUUUGAUUGAACAGUCUCUCAUAUAUUCUGCUCCAAAAAUUGUCAAAAUACUAUCCUCUACUACUGAUUUUGAGAACCCUGUACAAGUGAAAGCUGCAGGUAAACUUUGAAGUACUUGGUUUCUCUGAUAGUAUUUUUAAAAUUUUUAGAACUAAAUAUAUGUUGGAGACGGCUCAACCGAAUAUAGACAAAUAGUUUUGGAAUCAGGAAAUUGUGUUCUGUUCUGUGAAAACAUUGAGCGGGAAAAAUUGAGAAAUAGAGAAAAGAAAUUUAAGAGUAAUUGAGAAAAAAUUGAUACACAAAGUAUUCCAAGCUCUAUUUAGAAAAAUUUAGUAGAAAAUGAAAAUUCAAGAGCCAGGAAUAGACAAACAUUGAGACGGAAAACUCAAUCAACUUUGAGAACUUCUGAACAAUACUCCAAACUACCAGAGCAUCUCAAAGUCAAACUUUCCUAAUGAGUUUAAAAAUAAAAAUCCAAUCAAAUUAAAUAUCCACCAAUAUUGCAGGCCUAUACACAGAUAACCUCCAAUAAAUCCAUAAAGAUAAAACUCCAAUAAAAACAAAUAAUAUUCGGAACAAAUAGGCUCGUUAAAUUUAAUCCCAGUACCAACUUAAACAAUGAUCGGUGCGGUCGUUUCCUACGUACUUCUGCUGGUACUACUAUCGAUUGCAGUACCCCUAAUCGAUUGGUACUGGCAAGUGUUUAAAUAUAGAAGUUUGAGCAAAAUACCUGGACCAAAACCGGUGCCUAUUUUUGGAAAUUCUUUAGGAAAAACACCUACAGAAUACUUAAAAGAGCUUUUGGUGCUUCAGCAAAAAUACGGCAGCUUUUACAAAUUGUGGACAGGGCCUACUUUAAGAAUCGUUAUCAAUAAACCACAAUAUUUAGAAGAAUUACUUUCUUCUAAUGUUAAUUUGAAUAAAUCUAAUGGGUAUGAUUUAUUUAAGCCUUGGUUGGGUGAUGGAUUAUUGGUAAGCUCAGCUUCAAAAUGGAAACAACGCAGAAAAAUGAUAACUCCAACAUUCCACUUCAAAGUUCUUGAAGAUUUCAUGCAAAUCUUCAACAGGCAAAUCAAUGUUAUGUUGGACAAGCUUUUGGAAGAAGUGCAAACAUCUCCUAGACAAACUAUAGACAUUUUUAGGUUUAUUAAUUUGAUGUCUUUAGAUAUUAUUUGCGAAACCGCUUUUGGUACCCCAAUCAACGCACAAGCACAAGGAAACCCCAAAUACGUGGCAGCGGUUAAAACGUUUUUGGAAAUUUUCGUUUUCAGAUUUUACUCGGGCUUUAUGGGGCAUCCUUUAUUGUUCAGAUUUUCUGAGCAUUAUAAGGUUUACCAUGAAACUUUAAAUGUUUUGCAUGAUUUUUGUGAAAAAGUUAUCAAGAAGCGCAAGGAGGAAUUUGCUAAAAAAGGAAAAAUGACAGUCAACAACGAAGAAGGCAUCAAAAUCCGCUCAGCCCUACUAGACAUGUUACUAGAAGCCAACCAAAACGGAGGAAACCUAACAGACGAAGACAUACGCGAUGAAGUUAACACAUUUAUGUUUGAAGGCCACGAUACUUCAGCGACAGCUGAAUGCUUCACCCUUUACGCCCUAGCUCAAAACCCUUCAAUACAAGACAAAGUCUACCAAGAACUAUGCGAAGUCCUAGGCAAAGAUCCCAAAAUCGAAAUCACAAUGUCGCAAAUCAACAACCUCAAAUAUAUGGAUAUUGUUGUCAGAGAGGCUUUAAGAUUCUACCAACCAGUACCACUAAUCGAAAGAAGCUUAGACCAAGAUUGGAUUAUUGACGGAAUCACUAUCCCGAAACGCACCACGAUUUCGAUUUUCCUUUACGGAAUGAGCCACGACCCGACCGUGUUUCCAGACCCUCACAAAUUCGAUCCAGACAGGUUUCUGCCUGAAAAAAUAUCGGCCAGGCACAAUUACUCGUACGUCCCUUUCAGUGCGGGACCUCGAAAUUGCAUAGGUCAAAGAUACGCAAUGUAUUCGCUCAAAGCCACGGUGGCUAAAUUUCUGCUGCAAUUCCGCGUGGGAGAGGAUCCAGAUUUUAAAAUGGAAAUCGGUACUUGCUCGGUACUGAAGUCAAUGAACGGGUACAAGAUGAAAAUUCGUCCCAGGAAUUGAGGAUUUUGAUGUUUAUAUGUUGUAGAAUACUGCAAAAUUAUUCUGUUCAAAGUUCUCAAAGCACUAUACCAGUGUGCAAGAUCAUAGAGUUUUUGUAAUGUGUCUCUAAGUUAUUCAAUCAAUAAAGUGAAUAGUUAUUAUA